UGGUUAGAUUGAGAUGAUGACGAUGGAUUUGGAAGCAGACACACAAAAACAAACUCCAAAACCCGAACAAAGCAGAGAAUAAACCUAACCACAAAAAGAAAAAUCUCAUUAGAGUGAGAGAAGCUCUUAAGGAUAAAAAAGAACAGAGAAAGAAAAGAAAGCUUCUAUCUUGACCUCUCAAAUCACAGUUGUUUGUAUGGGAGUUUUGAUAUAAGAUAGAGAGAGAGAGAGAGAGAGAGAGAGAGAGAGAGAGAGAGAGAGAGUUGAUAUAAUAAGUCAGAAGUUAAUACCAAGUAGAGAAGAAAGGAGAGAGAGAGAGAGAGGGAGAGAGAUUCGUAAAUCAUACUCAUAUCCAUCUAUGUCUCAUCAAUUUUCAACCCAUACUUACUCUUAAGACUUAUUAUAUUUCUGCGAAUUGUCAACUGGGUUUCGUUCAUUUUUCAUCAUUAUCUUCAACUUCUUCUUCUUCUUUGUCUUACAAGAGAGAACCCCAUUUGAGAAAAAGAGAGAAACCCCAUUAAAGAUUGAGCCUUUAUAGUUGUUUUGCUUCAUGUUUUAUCAUUUGCGAUCCCCCGAGUUGUUGCUGUUGUUGGUUGUUUCUUCUUCUUGUUGUUGUUCUAAUGGAAACCCCACCAGCAGAGGAGCUUUUAAAGAAGAUCCAAGAACUCGAAGCGGGCCAUGCCCAUCUCAAAGAAGAGAUGUCUAAGCUCAUGCAAUCUGGUUCUGAAGAUUCCACUAAGCGGGAUCAGCACCACCACCGACCCCACCAAAGGUCUCACUCCAUUUCCCCUCAACGCUCAAGGUUUGGUGGUCCACGAAGAAGAGCUGCCGCUCUUGAUGGCUCUCCUUCCUUCCGCCAUUCCUCUCCUCUUCAGAGGGAGAGUCGUAGUCGUGAUCUUUCAAAUGCCACCACUGCCUCCGCCGCCGGAGGAGGGGAAGGAGUUGGCCCUUCAGCUGUUAACUUUACUAGUAAGCAGUAUCUGAAUAUAUUACAGUCGAUGGGGCAGUCUGUUCAUAUUUUUGAUCUUAGUGGUCGAAUAAUCUACUGGAACAGGUCUGCUGAAAAUCUUUAUGGUUUUUCUGCGGCAGAGGCCUUAGGCCAAGAUGCCAUUGAGCUUUUAGUUGAUCCCCGUGACUUUUCUUCAGCCAAUAAUAUAGUCAAACGUGUCACUGUGGGGGAGAACUGGACUGGACAGUUUCCUCUCAAAAAUAAGGCUGGGGAAAGGAUUUUAGCUGUUGUAACAAAUACACCAUUCUAUGAUGAUGAUGGUGCUUUGAUAGGAGUUAUCUGUGUGUCAAGUGAUUCACAACCCUUUAGAGAAGUAGUGGCUUCACAGGUUGAUGGAAAGCAUUCAUCAGAAAGUGGUCUUCGGCCCAGAAAUACUGUGACAACGAAACUUGGUCUCGAUCCUGAGCAGCCUUUGCAGACUGCUAUUGCUUCAAAGAUAACAAAUUUGGCAUCCAAGGUGAGCAACAAAGUCAAGUCUAGGAUUCGCUCAUCGGAGAACAACAUGGAUCGUGAAGGUGGGAGUGGAGAUAGCUAUCAUUCUGAUCAUGGAUACUUAGAUGCUGGUAACUCUGAUCACCGGGAAGAUGCUAAUUCAAGUGGAGCAAGCACACCUAGAGGAGAAAUAUCGGCACUCCCAUUUGGUGUAUUUUCCAAUCUUGAUGAAAGAUCUCCGGGAAAAGGCUCCAGAGAUUCUGGUGAUGAGGGCGAAGGAAAAUCUGCAAUCCACAAGAUGAUCUCUUCGAAGGCUGAGGCAUGGAUGGGUAAGAAAGGGCUAUCGUGGCCAUGGAAAGGAAAUGAUCGAGAGGGGUCAUCGGAUGUUAAGACUCCACGUUUUGUUUGGCCUUGGUUACAAAAUGAUCAAGAGAAUGAUUCAAGUCAUUCGAAGAAUCCUAUUAUUAAACUAGAAAACCAUGCAAAUGAUUUCAACCGCCAACAUGCAAAUAACGAGGCUUCAGGAUCCUGGUCGUCCUCAUUUAAUAUCAACAGCACAAGCAGUGUCAGCAGCUGUGGAAGUACCAGUAGUAGUACUGUGAAUAAGGUGGACAUUGACACCGACUGCUUGGACUAUGAAAUCUUGUGGGAAGACUUAACAAUUGGAGAGCAGAUUGGACAAGGUUCAUGUGGGACUGUGUAUCAUGGUCUGUGGUACGGAUCAGAUGUUGCUAUCAAGGUAUUCUCCAAGCAAGAAUAUUCAGAUGAUGUGAUUGUUUCUUUUCGACAAGAGGUAUCUCUAAUGAAAAGACUUCGACAUCCAAAUGUACUGCUUUUUAUGGGAGCUGUGACUUCACCUGAACGUCUUUGCAUUGUAACGGAGUUCCUUCCACGUGGUAGCUUGUUUCGCUUACUACAGAGGAACACAUCAAAAUUAGAAUGGAGAAGGCGUGUACAUAUGGCAUUGGACAUAGCGCGGGGCAUGAAUUAUCUUCAUCAUUUCAACCCGCCUAUCAUUCAUCGAGAUUUAAAGUCAUCGAAUCUUCUUGUGGAUAAGAAUUGGACUGUCAAAGUUGGUGAUUUCGGUCUUUCGCGUCUGAAGCAUGAAACAUAUCUCACAACCAAGACUGGGAAAGGAACGCCUCAAUGGAUGGCACCAGAAGUUCUUCGUAAUGAGCCCUCAGAUGAGAAGUCUGAUGUAUACAGCUUCGGCGUGAUACUUUGGGAGCUUGCUACCGAGAAGAUUCCUUGGGAUAAUCUCAACUCAAUGCAGGUAAUUGGUGCUGUGGGGUUUAUGAACCAAAGGUUGGAGAUACCAAAAGAUGUAGAUCCACAAUGGGCUGCAGUAAUUGAAAGCUGCUGGCAUAGUGAUCCAACUCGUCGUCCAUCGUUCCAAGAACUGCUGGAAAGGUUCAAGGAACUGCAGAGACAUUACGCCCUUCAAUCUCAAGCAGCACGUAAUGCUGCAGGAGAGAGCACUCAAAGUCAAAAGGAAGGGUAGCCUCGGCUUUCAAAUGAUUCACAACAUGGCAACAGCUGAAGCAGCCUCUUUCUUUCGUUGACAGACUUUCAAGGGAGACGGGUGCCAUUCAUUUAGCCACAAAAACAUUUUGUGGUAGGUAUUGAAUCGAAAUUCGUAACUCAAAAUCUGGCUAACCAUUUGGCAGACAAGAAAAGGGAAAAAGGGAAAAAAAAGAUUGAAGAGGAAAGAGUGGUUGUCAUUCAUUCAUGUGUGCUACCUAACUAACUAGAACGUUGAUUGGCUUGGGUUGGGAUUGUGUGAUGGUUGUUUUUUGUCACUGAAAUCAUUUAAAAAAAUUCUUCAAAGUGGGUCAUUGGUGCUCUAUGAUUUGGGAUUAAAGUCGAAAUGUAUAAUCACGUGCCACCUUUUUCUUCAUUAUUAUGAGAUUUUGUAUUAGAAGAAUGGGCUGACGACUUUUGUACAAAAGAAGAAAAGAAAAGGAGUCAUAGUCAAUAUUGUUAGAGAUUAAAGUUCUUAA